AUGUGGGCCACCCAACUCCUGCCAGCCUUGCUGCUCCAUCAGCUGCUGCUGCUUCCCAUCGCCAUCCCUGUGGCAGAGGGUAAAGGAAAAAGGAGAAAUCCUCUUCAUGACUUCAGAAAAACAGGAGAGUUGAUGCUCAUUAAAGUAAACAAAACACUGGAAGUAAAAACCAAGCUGUUAAAUACCACUGAGCAAUGUGCCAAGAGAUGCAGCAGAAACAAAGGACUUUCAUUCACUUGCAAGGCCUUUGCUUAUGACAGAGUUACAAAACGGUGCCAUUGGUUAUCCUUCAACAGCUUGACAAAUGGUGUGAGAAAGAAGCAAGACCAUGCGUUUGAUCUGUAUGAAAAGAAGGACUAUGUCAGGAAUUGUAUAAUCGGAAAAGGAGCAGACUACAAAGGAACAAUAUCUGUUACCAAAAGUGGUAUCCAGUGUCAAGCCUGGAAUUCAAUGAUCCCCCAUGAGCACAGCUUUUUGCCUUCGAGCUAUCGGGGUAAAGACCUGCGGGAAAACUACUGUCGAAACCCCCGAGGGGAAGAGGGAGGGCCGUGGUGUUUCACCACUAGUCCGGAGAUGCGCCACGAAGUCUGCGACAUUCCUCUCUGUUCACAAGUUGAAUGCAUGACCUGCAACGGAGAGAGUUACAGAGGGCCAAUGGAUCACACUGAGUCGGGCAAGGAGUGUCAGCGCUGGGAUCUUCAGAGACCACACAAGCACAAAUUUCGUCCAGAGAGAUAUCCUGACAAGGGCUUUGAUGAUAAUUACUGCCGCAAUCCUGAUGGCAAGCUGAGACCAUGGUGCUAUACUCUUGACCCUAACACCCCCUGGGAGUUCUGUGCAAUUAAAACGUGUGAUGAAAGCGUUGUGAACAGCACGGAGGCAGCAGCUGAGACAUCAACAUGCAUUCAGGGACAGGGUGAGGGUUACCGUGGCACAGUCAACACCAUAUGGAGUGGAAUCCUGUGCCAGCGGUGGGACUCCCAGGUUCCUCACCAGCACAACAUCACUCCCGAGAACUUCAAGUGCAAGGAUUUGAGAGAGAACUACUGCCGAAAUCCAGAUGGAUCUGAAUCACCCUGGUGUUUUACCACUGACCCAAACAUCCGUAUUGGCUAUUGCUCCCAGAUUCCUAAGUGCGAUGUAUCAAAUGAACAAGAUUGUUAUCGUGGCAAUGGCAAGAGUUACAUGGGGAAUCUAUCCAAGACAAGAUUUGGGCUAACUUGCUCCACAUGGGACAAGAAUAUUGAAGACUUACGUAGGCAUAUACAAAUAUUCAGAGAACCAGAUGUUAGUAAACUGAAGAAAAACUAUUGCCGCAAUCCAGAUGAUGAUUUUCAUGGUCCCUGGUGUUACACAGAUGAUCCUCUCGUUCCCUGGGAUUACUGCCCUAUUUCUCGAUGUGAAGGUGAUACAACUCCUACUACAACCAGCUUGGAUGAUACUGUCAUUCCUUGUGCCUCAACAAAACAUUUGAGAGUUGUAAAUGGAAUCCCAACACAAACUAACGAAGGAUGGGUGGUUAGUUUGACAUACAGGAAUAAGCAUAUCUGUGGAGGCACUUUGAUAAAAGAAGAGUGGGUUCUAACAGCAAGGCAGUGUUUCCCUUCUCGGUACAAAGACUUGAAAGACUACAAAGCCUGGCUUGGAGUCCACAAUAUCAAAGGAAAGGGAGAGGAGAAGCAUAGACAAGUUCUGAAUAUCUCCCAGCUGGUAUAUGGACCCGCAGGCUCAGAUUUGGUCUUACUGAAACUUAGCAGACCUGCCGUAUUGACCAAUUUUGUAGAAAUAAUCCGAUUGCCCAUUUCUGGAUGUACCAUUCCAGAGAAGACCAGUUGCAGUGUUUAUGGAUGGGGAUACACUGGAUUAAUUAACUAUGAUGGCCUUCUCCGGGUAGCAAACCUGCUUAUUUUGGGAAAUGAGAAAUGCAACCAAUAUCUCAAAGGGAAGAUCACUGUGAAUGAGUCAGAAAUCUGUGCUGUGGCUGAAACCAUCGGUGCUGGGCCUUGUGAGCGAGAUUAUGGUGGUCCCUUGGUUUGUGAACAAAACAGGCUGAAGAUAGUAGUUGGUGUCAUUGUUCCUGGCCGCGGAUGUGCCAUUCGAAAUCGUCCUGGGAUUUUUGUUCGGGUCUCAUAUUACUCCCGGUGGAUACACAAGAUUAUGAUGACCUACAGAAAACCCUGA